GGAAAUUAAAAAAUAUACUAGAAAGUGAAGCAGCAUGAGUCCUCUGAUUUCCAUCUAGCAACCUGGGUGUAACUGUAUCUGGUAUUUAGCCCAUUGCUGUUGUCUCUCUGCUCGCCAGGAAAAAAAUGUUUGUCGAUGGGUCAAAUCCCCAGCUGGGAAAAUUGUGUUUUUUUUUUUUUUUUUUUUUUUUUUUUUUUUUUUUUUAAACCAAACUCCGUCCUCAAAUGAUCAACCCUUAGCAAACAAACCCAUUUCCCCUUCUUUCUCUCAAUGCCACCAAAACUCCAUUCUUCUCUCUCGAAGCAGGCUAUCCCGCUCACAGAAGCCGUCUUCUUCUGUCCGUCCUGCUCAAUAUGGCGCUAUUCAUUGCCCUCGCUGACCACACGCCGGCGCAACAGGACUUUUAACCCACGUCGCUCCCGCUUCACGUCAACUUUCGCAGCCCAAUAUAGAGCUGCACACACAGUGAAUAUCACAAGAAAUAUACCAGAGCGGUUUCAAGGGCUAUAUUCCGCAUUAAAUGGUGUCCAUGAUACUGCUGCCAACCAUGUCAAUUCGAGUAGGCUGCAAUUGGCGCUAAGGGGGCUGGAGACUACGAGGCCGGUGAUCCGGCUUGCUGUCCUCGCUUUGGAUGAUACAACUACGACAGCCAGGCUUGUCCGACUACUACUGGCAGAUCCCUUGAGCCCGAAACAAGCAUGGGAGGAUUAUUUAGAGAAGCAUCGGAUGGAUGGAUCUCGCAGUCUAUUGAUAAAGUAUGGAGACCAAACGGAUCUCGCAGUGGAGAACAGCCUCGUACCAACGAUAUCAAUACCCUCGAGAACACUGCAAUCUUCCAACCUGGAGAUCCUUAUUUCACCUCUCAGGGCGAACUCGAAUUCAGAUGUCCAUAUCACCAGAAACACGUUCCUCGUUCCAACAAUCGCCAUCCAAUCGACCAGUACUGGAACCCAUACUUUUAUCCGGUACCCGGUCCACAAGAGCAUGAUUUGUGGAAAGGAGAUUGAUGGGUUGUUAGCAUAUACAAGACUAGCCGAACGUGCAAAUAUUACAGACAUGGAUUCGAUAUGUGCAUCGUUCGACUUCAGUUUAGGCCAAGGUUCAACCCAAAAGGGGAAUGGGAUCUCAUGUGUCGAUAUCGAACGUGCAGAGGUGGCAUUGAAUACGUUUCGAGAGUCGGUCCAAAACGCCCCGGAAUACGAGAAAGGCUGGUCGGGAAGCGGUGUCCAGCUGCUCAUAGAUUGGGUAUCAACCUCUCCGAAGGAUGACAUCCUAGAUCCGUCGAUUAAGAGGCUUGUAGGAUCAUUGUUAGACGAGGCCGAAGAGAGCAUUAACGCCGAAGAGAACAAAAGGAUACUGGCGCAGCAAGCCAAGAACGUCACGGAAGAGGUAAGGCUGGAUUUGGAUAGGACAGUCAGCGCAUGGGCGGAGCGUGCACACACAGAACUUCGUGACACACUCAACGAAGGAUUUGCAAAUAAAGCGUGGCGGAAUCUAGCUUGGUGGAAGUUGUUUUGGCAUGUGGAUGACGUGGGAAUGAUCAUCUCCCGUGUAUUACGGAAGAAAUGGCUCCCCGAGGCUGAGAAAGAGGUAGUCUGGAUUGGUGGGAAAAUUCACCAGGCCGGAUUACUGAACAACCUUUCAAAUUCAACGGCCAGAAUUCAGGAGUUACCUGAGCUCGGGGGAUCCCAUACUGGAGAAUUAUCGUCGAUGUCCUCUGAGAGGCUUUGGCCAACGCAAAUCUCAGACAUUCGCGACAGCCUUACAACCUCAAGCGUCCCCUCCCUGCAUUCCGUCGCGCAAAAUCUUGUCUUCUUUAGUUUAUCAACGACAUCACUCAGCGCUGCGCUGUCUGCUUUGGUGUAUAUUUCGACAUCUGGCACUUCGAUGUACGAAGCCGGCACGAUCGCAACAAUUGGGCUUUUCGUUUCGCUACGCCGGCAGCAAAAGGGAUGGGAUUCUGCACGUAGCCUGUGGGAGCAUGAGGUCCGCGAAGAAGGCCGCCGCGCCCUGAGGGACACUGAAGAGGUACUGCGUACCAUCAUUCAUGAGGGCGGACGGGCUAUCGAAGAAGCCCCUGAAACCGAAGCCAGGCAACAAAUCCACAAAGCCCGUCAAGCUCUCUCGGAUGUAAAAUAAUAGUUUCCCUUUAGUAUCCUAUAGUACCUGUUCCUCCUGCAAGCUAUCAAAAAUAAAAGGAGACUUGUAGACCCCCCAAGUUUUCAAUAUCCCGGAAGCAAAACCAAAUAAUCGCAGUCGUAGGCAUCAAACUUAGCCAAUUUCCACACUCCCCUCCGGCACCCCGCUUGUACUCCUCAACCUACUCGCGGAGAAACCGCAUAAUAGGAAACAUUUCCUCCCGAUUGCUCGGCAUCCCAUCCCCCCUCCUCCCCCUCCACCUCACCACCUCCACAUUCCCAAAAUUCCCCUUCGUCCUACCUAUCCCCGCAUCCGAAAGCGCACUCCCAGGGCCCUGACCCCCAACCAACAAGACGGGCGUCCCCGCCUUCCCCGCCCCAUCCUCUUUAAUAGCCGAAAGCGGCAAAACCCCUCCUAUCGCCACAAUUCCGCCCAGCUCCUUCUCCCCGUUCCCGUUCUUCCCAUCCGCAUCAUCCAUCAACGCACCCCUACCAACCUCCAGCCCAACACUCAACCCCAUACUAGCCCCCUGCGCAUAUCCCAGUAUAAAAAUCGCCCUCCCGCGAUACCCAAGCUUCCGCACCAGGACCGGCAAUAUCAGCUGCCGGACGAUCUUAUCCGUGGCGCGCGAGAAGCCCGGAUCUGCGUCGAGAGCAUCUGGAUCCAAGAGGAUGUCGUCGCCCCAAUGGUAGCCGGGGAGCUCGAAGGGGAGGGGCGUGGGCGCUUGCAGGGCGAUGCAGGUUGUUUCGGGGAGGUGGAGGGCGGAUGCGAAGGAGGUAAAGGAGGCGAUUGUGUCGCCUAGCCCGUGGAGGAGGAGAAGGAUGUUUGUGGAUCGUGAGGUUGGUGGGGGUGUUAUUGUGAGGAUUAGGGACGGGGGGAAGUCGGAGGGUUGGGGGAUGGGGGGCAUUGUGGGCGUGUACGUAGGUAAUUGUGUGGAGGAGGUUCGGUGGUCAUGACAAGUGUCGGGAAGGCGGGUAGGGGUUUUAUUUGAUGUGGACAAUUCAGAGGGGUUUGCUUUAUUAUUUGGGAAGUGGGGAGGGGUUGUGUUUUCGAUGUUUUGUUGCUUCUGGAAUGCGGUUGACGUUCCGUUUCGAAGCUUUCCUGGCGUGAGGUUUAACUGGAUAAGCUUAUUUAUUGAGUGGGCGCAUUGCAGGCUUCGUGGUCACUAUCUUGAUUGCAUAUAAUAGAUAUUGUUCUUACCUCGUAAAUGAAGCAGAAUUUGUAGCCGUGAUUUGAAAAGAAGCUUCAUUCCGGUGGAUAUUUACCUAAAGGGGGCAUGUGGACAUUAAUAAACCUUACAGAGUAGAGUAUUGGAACAGCAUUUGAAUCCUUAACCAGUCUCUUCAACAAAAAAAAAAAAAAAAAAAAA